UUUAAUUUAUUUCAACUUUCCGUCGAAUUUCUGUGCCUCAAUUUCUCUCUCUCUCACUCUCUCUCCUCUCCCCUUCUUCCCGGCAUGCCCCGACCCUUUCUAUCUCUACCAAUGUAAUUUACAUAGAUAUAUAUGUAAAUUUAUAUAUCUUCUUUCUUUAUUUUUCCUCCAUUCUCGGAAUUUGAUCGCCGGGAAAAAUUAUCGCUCCGUCGCGGAUCACGUCUCCGGCGAUCCGCGCCAUUCCUCCUUGUCCGGGUUAAUCAGGCCUUGACAUUCCUGCUUUCAGUCUCGCACUGUAGAUCCACGCCAUUGAAGUUUAUUUCCUUAGCCACAUAGAAAUUAAUGGGAGAGAAUUGGAUGUUUGUUAGGGUUUUGAUCUAAAAUUACUCCCAAUUAUCGUUCGAUUCGAUUAAAUUGUUUCUUUAUGUAUGAUUCUGUGACUUAGUUUACGGUUAGGGUUUUUGGAUUUGGCCGGGAGGGGGAGAGAUGUUCAACAAAAUUAUAAAGAGAGGGCACCGGAAGGUGUCCAAAUCAGAAGGCGCCGAUUACGGCUACGGGCCGUCUCGGAGUUCUGGCUCCGUUUCCACCUCCAAUGUGGUGGUUAACCAUGCUUCUCGCCCUGGAGGUCUGGCUAGUUCGGUUCAAGCUCCGUCAACAAACUCCGUCGUUGCAGCUGCACCUUCCGGUACCAUUGAGAACCUGCCGUUAUUCAGGGAUGUUCCAGUGACUGAGCGUCAGAAUUUGUUUUUGAGGAAACUGCAGAUUUGCUGCUUCCAGUUUGACUUUACGGAUACUUUGAAAAUGGUGAGGGAGAAAGAAAUCAAGAGGCAAACUUUGGUCGAGCUCGUGGAUUAUAUACAAUCGGGGUCCGGGAAAAUCACUGAGACUAAUCAGGAAGAAAUGGUAAGGAUGAUCUCCAUCAACAUAUUCAGGUGCCUCCCUCCGGCUUCACAUGAAAACACCGGUUCUGAAAAUGUAGACCCUGAAGAGGAGGAACCCUAUCUAGAUCCCUCGUGGCCGCAUUUGCAACUUGUAUACGAAUUGCUGUUGCGAUAUGUGGUUUCAUCCGACACUGAUACCAAGAUUGCUAAAAGGUAUAUUGAUCAUUCAUUUGUUUUGAAGUUACUGGACUUGUUUGAUUCUGAGGAUCCUAGGGAAAGGGAAUAUUUGAAGACAAUCCUUCAUAGAAUAUAUGGGAAGUUCAUGGUUCACAGGCCAUUUAUUCGGAAAGCCAUUAAUAAUAUUUUCUACCGGUUUAUAUACGAGACUGAGAGACACAGCGGGAUUGGGGAAUUGUUGGAGAUUCUUGGAAGUAUAAUUAACGGGUUUGCACUGCCAAUGAAAGAGGAGCAUAAGUUGUUUCUUGUGCGAGCACUUAUACCAUUACACAAGCCUAAGCCGGUUGCUUUGUAUCAUCAGCAAUUGUCAUACUGCAUCGUUCAGUUUGUAGAAAAGGAUUACAAGCUGGCGGACACAGUUAUUAGGGGUUUAUUGAAAUACUGGCCAGUAACCAAUUGCCAAAAGGAAGUUCUUUUUCUAGGGGAACUUGAAGAAGUACUGGAAGCAACUCAAGCAGCCGAGUUUCAGCGUUGCAUGGUUCCACUUUUCAGACAGAUUGCUCGUUGCCUCAACAGUUCUCAUUUUCAGGUUGCAGAACGAGCUUUAUUCUUGUGGAACAAUGAGCACAUAGUAAGCUUGAUCGCACAGAAUCGGAACGUAAUUUUACCAAUUAUUUUUGAGGCUCUGGAGAAGAACAUAAAGUCUCACUGGAACCAAGCGGUGCAUGGUUUGACUGUAAAUGUCAGAAAAAUGUUUUUGGAGAUGGAUGCUGAUCUGUUUGAGGAGUGCCAGAGGCAAUACGCUGAGAACGAAGCUAAAGCACAGGAGCGGGCAGAACAACGAGAAUUAACAUGGAAAAGAUUAGCGGCUGCAGCAGCGCAAGGUGGCUGAGUGGUGAUGUCGCAAGAUACUUUUGGCUGUCUUCAGUUAUAGAUUGCUCAGCAAUAGAUGGAUGCAUGAUCCAUAGACAGGCUCCUCUCAUUCCGAUGGUAUUCUUUCUUCCCCAAACACCCCCCCCCCCUCCCCUCUCUUUUUGUCUAAAUUUUCAAUUUGCCUAGUCACUGAAAGUUAACAGGGUGGUAUAACAGGCAAUGUAAUUUAGAUGUAUUCAUAUUUGUGGUUAUGUUCACCAGAUUAAGAACGGUUCUUGUAGUAUCUCAUGUAUUUGUUAUACAUUUUUUUCACCAUAUCAGAGAAGUUUUAAUGCUCUUGUAGUGUACCCUCUGAUAACGAGACUCUUGAAGUGGUUUAUACUUUUUUUGCAAGUGGCUUGGGUUUCCAAUAGUGAUCACCUAGAUCAAUCAAGGUAGGUCGUUCAGCUGCUUUGCUUCGUACAUCCCUCCUGUCUUUUGCACAUUGGAGUAUGUCGUGACGAUACCAAAUACCAACCAAUGGAGUUCCCUGCUCUAUAGUGUUUGAAUGCUAUUAUUUUUUCAGCUCUUUCGCUUGAUUUGGAGCUGAUUCUCUAAUUUGUACAUGACAGAUUCAACCGGCUACGCCAGCAGGAUUGAUUCAAAGAAAUCUGAAAAUUGUGAUUCGUUAAGGGCCUUAAAAGCUGUGAAAAUUGUGAUUCGUUAAGGGCCUUAAAAGCUGUUAGGCAUAAAAAUGCACGCUCCAUAUUUGGUCACAAUAACUAGUUUUGUCCGAUUGAGAAUAAUAUUGUGUUUGAAGUGGUACGUCCUCCCUAAAUAGACAUGCUUUUAUCCGUAACACAAGUACUAUUUUGUUUACUAAUUCUAGUUUGUGAGCAAUUUUAGUAGGGUUAUAUCUUAAAAAAUAAAAAAGUGAACCUCAACGGGUCAUUGAACUAUUA